CCGUGUUGUUGGGUUCCAUUUUCUCGGUACAGCAGAGCGGAAGCGGUGUGUGUGACUUAAAAUGCUGUGAUGUUGGAAAGUGGGACUGUAAGCUGUUGUUGGGACGCGACCCGGAGAGGUGUUUCCUCCACACAGAAUUCCUCCUGUCAGUGUGAUAAAUGAGACUCGUGGACACUGAGCGAGCAGGAGGUGUGUGUGUGUGUGUGUGUGUGUUGAGGAUUGAUUAGUAUGAACCAUGGAGGAACCCGGAGCUGACAGUCCCAUCACCCUGAUCAUCCGCGCACCGAACCAGAAAUACGACGACCAGACAAUCAGCUGCUUCCUCGACUGGACGGUGGAGAAACUGAAGAAACACAUCACUACUGUUUAUCCCAGCAAACCAUUGUUGCGAGAGCAGCGGCUGGUUUACUCUGGACGUCUUUUGCAGGACCAUCAGCAGCUCCGUGAUGUUCUCCGAAAGCAGGACGAGUAUCACAUGGUCCACCUGGUGUGUGCACCCCAGAAUCCCCCCGCUGACCCCUGUGACUCUGCAGUGACCUCUAACCCUGGAUCCACAAACACCCCAGACCCCUCUCACACAGGACGUUCGGACGGCAUCCGACAUCGAGGAGGUUCUGCUCAAGCUCAGGAGCGGCCUGAGGGGGUGGUGUUUCCUGCAGCGCCCCCUGCUGCACUUCCUCCUCACAGCAUGUACAGUCCCGUACAGGUGAUGUGGUGGCAGCGUGUGUACGCUCAGCAUUACUACAUGCACUAUCAGGCUGCGAUGGCUGCCGCUCAGUCCCCGCCCCCUCCGGUUAACCCCACCCCAUCGGUUGCUCCGGCUCCUGGCCCGGUUCCGGUUAACCCCGCCCCACUAGAGCAACCAGCAAAUCAGAAUCCUCAGAUGAACGCUCAGGGCGGGGCUGUGCAGAACGAGGACGAGCUGAACCGUGAUUGGCUGGACUGGCUGUACACGGUGUCACGCGCCGCCGUCCUUCUCAGCAUCGUUUACUUCUACUCAUCUUUUAGUCGCUUCGUCAUGGUGAUCGGCACCAUGCUGCUCAUCUACCUGCACCAGGCAGGAUGGUUCCCCUUCAGGGUGGAGAUGCAGAACCCUGGUGCAGAAGACAGACCUCCAGCUGAGAAUGACAGAAACCACAACAUACAGGAAAUGGAACGCAUUAUGGAUGACGGUCUGGAGGAUGAUGGUGAGAGUGCUGAUGAAGGCACUGAUGAAGCCGCUUCUCCUCGGCCAAGUUUUCUUACAGCCACGUGGUCCUUCAUCAGCACCUUCUUCACUUCCCUGGUUCCUGAGGGCCCUCAUCGUGCCGCAAGAUAGACUCACACCACACGGCUGAACUUUGACCCCUUACAGAUGAAAUUAACAUAGCAUAGACAGCAGUGUUGGGAUCUGCAUGUUCUCUGGGUUCCUGUUGAACGAGUGAAGCUGCUAAAGUAUUCAUCACUGCCACCGUUCUGUUCUUCAUCAGAGAGAAACGAGUGGAGCGUUCCUGCGUUCCUCUUCUCAGUCACCACAUGUGUAACUGUCAGUUUUCCUCGUUGUAAAUAAAUGAUAUUUACAGAAA